AAUAUGCUAAUUAUCAUGGAAAACAUUUUAUUUUUAGCCUCUCUAUCUUUCUUCCUCUCUAUUAUCUCCUCUCCUUUAUUUUCUUCCAAUUGCAACGGCCCAUGCCGAGACCUGAACGACUGCUCCGGUCAGCUCAUUUGCAUCAGUGGCAAGUGCAAUGACGAUCCUGAUCUGGGGACUAGUAUCUGCCGUGGAGGUACCCCCACUCCACCAGCUUCACCAAACUGUCAACAGUCGGGUACGCUUCGAUGCAGAGACCAAAUCUAUCCCACCUACACAUGCUCACCUCCAGUCACGUCCUCCACCAAAGCUAAGUUGACAAACAAUGAUUUCAGCGAAGGCGGCGAUGGAGGAGGCCCAUCUGAAUGUGAUGAGCGGUACCAUAGCAACUCCGAGCUUAUAGUUGCACUUUCCACAGGUUGGUAUAACGGCGGGUCAAGGUGCGGGAAGAUGAUAAGGAUCAGAGCCAGUAAUGGUAGAAGCGUGACGGCUAAGGUAGUGGAUGAAUGUGACUCAAGAAAUGGGUGCGAUAAAGAACAUGCAUACCAGCCACCAUGUAAGAAUAACAUUGUUGAUGGGUCCGAUGCAGUGUGGAGAGCUUUGGGGCUGAAUAAAGAUUUGGGGAUUGUAGAUGUUACUUGGUCCAUGGUUUAAACUUUUAAUUACUUUUACUAUUACCAUAAUAAUAAUGGUGAUAAAAUCUUUAUUUAUAUAUAUAUAUAUAUAUAAACUAAGGUUUACAAAAAAGUUUAAACAAAAUAAUCCAAUAGUUAUUAUAAAUUCUGAUUACAUAUCAAUAAGAUUUACAUGGACACGUAUGUCUUCUAGAAGAA